AUGACGACCAUCAAAGUUGUCAAAAUCGGCGAGGCAAUGGAGAGACUUGGGCUGAACCCCCUGGACCACCUUCCAGCGCCCGCGAGUUCCAACAAGCCCUUAACCCCUUUCAGCAUCGCAGACAUCCUCAGCAAACCGUCUGUCAGACGAACUCGAAGAAUGCACCUGAUUCCAGCCUCCGACAGACCCUGGCAGAGCAUCGCUAUAUCAAAGCAUACUCUUAUCACUCAAACAUCGCCUCUGUGUGCUCUUCAGGAACUGACGAGCAAAACCUUCAAAGGGCUUGAAUUAGGUGUACUCCAUGCAGCAGAGGGAAGGGAUAGGUUGACUCUAUUUGGUCAAAGGAACAGUCCUAAAAAGCGCCGAAAAUCUAGGACGGCCUUCACUAACCACCAGUUAUAUGAACUAGAGAAAAGGUUUCUCCAUCAGAAAUAUUUGUCACCCGCCAACAGAGACCAAAUAGCCCAUCAACUGGCGCUGACAAAUGCGCAGGUUAUAACCUGGUUCCAGAAUCGACGGGCAAAGAUGAAGCGAGACCUGGAGGAGAUGAAAGCAGACGUGGAGUCUGUCAGAUCUACAAGUAUCGUGCCUCUGGAUAAAAUUGUAAAACUGGCUGAUCUUGAGAGGUGCGCGACUGGAACCACGGGAGUGACGGGGCACUCGGGGCCCGAGUCCUCGCCACGGAUAGGUCACGAGUACAAGAAUGCGCACAAAUUAUGUCUGUCCCCCAUGUCGUCUCUCUCAGACCACACAAGUCAAGACUACUCCGAGGACGAAGACGUGGAAAUAGAUGUUGAUGUCUGAUGUAAAUCAGAGUGGCUCUUGAAAACAGAGAGAUUAAAAAAAAAAAAAAAAAUGUGUUCCCAAUUCAUUCCAGUCUUUAGCGGUUUUAAGACGUUACAUUGCGAAACGCCAAGUAUUCCCAUCUUAACAAUCUAGAUGAUUUUAAAGUUGGCUGAAACUGAAUUACUCAAAUUAAUUAAUAGCCUCAACUAUGCAAGUCUAACUUAUCUUUGUUCACUACAGUAAACUAUCUCUGCAUUCAGUGUUUUCAUGUACAGUAGCUAAAUAAUAUAUUGUACUGUAAUUGAUGUAAUGAGAGAUUUUUUUUUCUCG